AUGGGCAAGAUCGGCUGCACCAUCAAUGGAAUACUGGAUGACUCGAGAUUCAACGAGCCGAUGCCGUGGAUCGGCCUCUACGUCGUAGCAGCAUCCGCAGCUUGUGCCAUAGCUAUGGCCUUAGACGCCUUCCACAGCUUCCGCUACAGGAAGUUCUGGUUCCCUUGCAAGUUCUUCGCUCUCAACGCAACGACUCUCACUCUCAUAGGCGUCGCGGUCAAGCUCGCGGUUGAUCUCAACACGUCGAUGCCCCAGGCCCAUGAUCAGCUGGCAAAGCUCAGCAGCACCGCCUUCAUCUGCACGACCAUAGGAAACUCCAUGCCUUCAUUAGGAGCCAUGGAGACUAAAGAGCUCAUGAUGAAUGUGGUGGCUCUUGGGAUCCUUGUUGUUACUGUCAUCGUCAACGUCUGCAUCCAGAUGGGCACCGGGGUCAUCUACGUGUUCUGGUACGAGCAUGCGGUCAUGAUGUCUCUGAUGGUCGUGUUAUUCGCGAUCGUGAUCUCUUCAUCACUUGCGAUUCCUGCAACCAAGUGUGUGUUGGAUAUUAAGUACAGCAAGAAGUAUUUAGUGGCAAUGAAGGAACGCGAAACGACCAGUUGCAAUGGCUCGAUAACUCGGAUUAUGAGAGAUGAUCUGGCUAGGCAUUGGAUGAUGGCGCAUACCUGCAGCCCUCAGUUCGUGAUGGGGCGUUUGGCAACUUGCACUGCGUCAGGGGCGUUCUGCCUCCUCACCGCGGUUACUCUGGGAGAGGCUGUGCUUCGUAGCUACCUGAUGCCAUGGGAAUUCAGAUUCUGUGAAGGGGAAUCGGACUACAAGUGGUCGACUACAUUGAUACUGGCGACUCAGGCAGCUGCGGUCGUGGGAGGCACAAUUGCCCCUGCAACAAGAUGGUUCAUAGCAAUUAAGUUUAGGUGCCCGAAGAGAAUGAAACAUGGAAGCAAACACGGGUUAUUAUCAGUAGAGGGUUACUGGGUUCAUAAGCUGUACCAACUCAGAGCGCUUCCGCUGGAUUUGACAAUAUGCGGCCGAAGCAGUAGAAAGCUUGUGCACACCGUAAAGGACAAGGUAUUUGGUUUAUGCAUUUUCAUCCAGAAAGCAAUGGUGAUCUUGAGCAAGAUAGUCGGGCGAAUAUCAAUCAUCAUUGUUAUCCAGUUAAUAAAAAUACAUCGUUGCUGCAAGAAACUUGUUGGGUUGGUUAAAUGCCACAAUGCAAUUGUGAACUCUGAUACAGAUUCGGAUUCCAGAGGCAAUUGCAAACUGGAUCUCAGCAGUUAUGUUCUGCACCUCGAAGGAGAGGAUGAACUGGUAGACGUGAUGAUGGAAAAUGACAGGGACGCCAUUGGACACUGGGUUAGAAUGGGGAGACGAAAGCAGCCAAGAUACCUCACAGAACUAAUGGAGACUCUCAAUCCAUCAAGAGGAUUUGACGGGGUACAUAAAUUUGACAGCUACAAGGUUCCUUCAUUGGAAUCUGAAGAACCUCCCUACAGCUGGGCUCUUCCUCUGGUGACACUGACGAGUAUUGCAGUUGCAACUAGUAACACCGACUUUGAAUCCCUAAAAGGGCUGAUGAAAUCUGUGCAUCAAGGCCUUAAAUAUGUUAGAUUCAUAGAAAACAACCUUGAUGCUAAUGAAGACUUGACAAAUGUCAGGAAAGCAGCAGAGAUGGUGUGGGGAGGGGUUGACCUUCACUACAGGUGGCUCGACGUGGAUCUCCGUCAGUUGGCACUGCAGGAAAAGAGCCCAAGAGACACAAUUCAAGAGCUUUCAGACAUAGCAAAGAACAUUUUUUCAGAGUUGAGACAGAAUGACACACUUGGUUGUUUAAAGUACACUCCUUCAAAGUGGCCCGUCAAGGUUUUGGCUGCAAAUUCGAUGUACAGAAUAUGCCAAACCCUUCUGCUUGCAACUGAAAAUAGAUCAAAUGAAUGCAGUAAGGCAAUGUUGGAGAAUCUUACCGCCAUGAUCACUGACAUAAUAGGCGCUUGCCUUACCAACUUGCAGCAUGCCAUAUCAAUAAAAUGCCAUCAGAGUUCCAUUGAACAGAGAGAGGAAAGCGUUCGUGGUGCUAUUCUUCUACUAGGCAAAACAGAAAAGAUAUUGGAGAUUCUUAGCUCCUGCUCCUCCUCCCUGAGUUCAAAUCCAAACAAAAUGGCAUGCAUUAAUAAAUGGCGUGCAGUGGGCAAGGAGAAUGAUUUGCUACGUCAAGAGUCUUGUACAACAAGUAGUUCUUCUCCUGACUUAUGUCUCAACAUCGAUUAGAAUAAAAUAGUAGAGGAGUAUGUAUAGAGGCAUAUCAUUUUGCGUGUUGAUCGGGAUCAAUAUUUAUAGUUUACACAUUUAUAUAAAUACAUAAAGUUGCUGUUUA